AAUACAGAUCUCUUGCCACACACACGUAGCGCAGUAACCCACUCCGCUCGUUCACACGGCUGUUCGGCGGAAUGCCUCACUAGUAGGGCUCUAACCCGCACUCCCCACGCCGCCGCUUCCCAACCGAGCAACGCCGACGCCGCCGAGAUGAAGGGAGCAAUGCCGCCGCGGCCGUUCAUGGUGCCGGGCCCCGGUGGCCCGAUGCUGCCCCCGCAGCAGCAGUUCGGGCUGGUGGAGACUCGGCCCCCGCUGGCCGCCGUGCUGCGGCCGCGCUUCAACAUCCCGGGGCUGCAUCCCUCCGCCGCGGCGGCCUCGGCCGCAGGCAAGAUCGCGUCCACCUACGACCUCGUGGAGCCGAUGCGGUUCCUCUACGUGCACGUCGUCAAGGCGCGGGACCUCCCCGCGGUGUCCCCCACCGGCGCCAUCGACCCCUUCGUCGAGGUCAAGCUCGGAAACUUCAAGGGCACCACGUCCGUGCUGGGGGCCAACCACAACCCGGCCUGGCAGCGGGUGUUCGCCUUCUCCGCGACGCACCUGCAGUCGCAUCUGCUCGAGGUGGCCGUCAAGGCCAAGGAUCUCACCGGCGACGACCUCGUGGGGCGCGUCGGGUUCGAUCUCGCCGAGGUGCCGGUCCGCGUGCCCCCGGACUCUCCGCUGGCGCCCCAGUGGUACCGCCUGGAGACCAAGCGCGGCGAGAAGCUCCCCCGCGGCGAGAUCAUGCUCUCCGUGUGGCUCGGGACCCAGGCCGACGAGGCGUUUCCGGACGCCUGGCACUCCGACGCGCACGCGGCAGCCGGUCCGGCGGCCGUCGCUUCCACGCGCGCCAAGGUAUACUUCUCGCCGAAGCUCGUGUACCUCCGCGUCGCCGCCAUCGGGGCGCAGGACCUCGUGCCGCACGACACCUCGCGCCCCAUGAACGCCUGCGUGAAGCUGCAGUUCACCGGGCAGGUGCGGCGCACGCGCCCCGGCGCUCCGCCGGGAAUGCCCAACCCAAUUUGGAACGAGGAGUUCAUGUUCGUCGCGUCGGAGCCCUUCGAUGAGCCGCUGGUGGUCACUGUAGAGGACCGCGUCGGGCCGGGGCGCGACGAGCUGCUCGGGCGCAUUAUCCUGCCCCUCUCAGCGGCAAUGCCGCGGCACGACCAUUUCGGCAAACCCGUGGAGCCACGGUGGUACAGCCUCAUGCGCCCCAGCGACGAUCCUGAGAAGAAGGAAGCCAAGUUCACGAGCAAGCUACAGCUUCGGAUGUCUCUGGAUUUUGGGUACCACGUUCUCGACGAGUCCACUUACUACAGUAGUGAUCUCCAGCCAUCAUCAAAGCCUGCAAGGAAGCCGAGCAUUGGGAUGCUUGAGCUGGGGGUUCUUGGUGCUCGCAACUUGAUACCGAUGAAGCCUAAGGAUGGGCGCACCACGGACGCCUACUGUGUUGCCAAAUAUGGACCUAAGUGGGUGCGCACAAGAACUAUUCUUGACACGCUGAAUCCGCAGUGGAAUGAGCAGUACACUUGGGAGGUGUUCGAUCCUUGCACUGUGAUCACAGUGGUGGUGUUCGAUAAUGGCCAGAUUGGGAGCAAGAAUGGUGGUGGCCCAGAUCAGCGGAUUGGGAAGGUCCGUAUCCGGCUCUCAACACUGGAGACUGAUAGGGUGUACACACAUUUCUACCCUUUGCUGGUUCUGCAUCCCAGUGGGCUCAAGAAGACUGGUGAGCUGCAUUUGGCUGUGCGGUUUACUUGCACAGCAUGGGUGAACAUGAUGGCGCUGUAUGGUCGACCGCUGCUACCAAAGAUGCACUACACUCAGCCAAUUUCGGUGAUGCAAUUGGAUUACCUGAGGCACCAAGCAAUGCAGAUUGUUGCAGCGAGGCUUAGCCGAGCUGAGCCCCCGCUGCGCAGGGAGGUUGUGGAGUACACGCUCGAUGUGGAUUUACACAUGUUUAGUCUCCGGCGCAGCAAGGCUAACUUUUAUCGUAUUACCUCACUGUUCUGUGGUUUUGCGGCAAUGGUCAAGUGGUAUGAUGGCAUCAGGAGCUGGCGGAAUCCAAUUACGACAAUGCUUGUGCAUAUGCUCUUCCUGAUACUAAUCUGCUACCCAGAGCUCAUCCUGCCUACCGUCUUCCUCUACAUGUUCAUGAUUGGACUGUGGAACUAUCGUUACAGGCCAAGGCACCCGUCACACAUGGAUACUAAGCUAUCCCAUGCUGAGAUGACACACCCCGACGAGCUUGAUGAGGAGUUUGACACAUUCCCAACCUCCAGACCAGCUGACAUUGUAAGAAUGCGCUACGACAGGCUGAGGAGCGUUGGUGGUCGUGUGCAGACGGUAGUUGGGGACCUGGCAACACAAGGCGAGAGAGCCCAUGCAUUGCUGAGCUGGAGGGACCCUCGGGCCACCGCCAUCUUCAUAUUCUUAUCCCUGGUUGUCGCCAUUGUGCUGUAUGUGACACCAUUUCAGGUUUUGAUGGUGAUAGCUAUGCUUUACCUGUUGCGACACCCCCGGUUCCGUAGCAGGAUGCCCUCCGUGCCGUUCAACUUCUACAGGAGAUUGCCUGCCAAGUCUGAUAUGCUCCUUUGAGCUCAGAGCACUGAACAUGAGAGAAAUGGGGAAAAGUUGUAACUUUGUUUAUGUCUGUUCCAUUCAGUUCCUUUUGAUUAGCAUCAGAUCAGAUGUGAAUAUACCUGAUGAGUUGGUAAGUUAGAGGCAGUUAGUGGCCCAGGAAUAAGGUGUCGACUUAAACGUUAUUUGCUUGGUUAUGCCAAAAGAAGGGAACAAUUUUAGUUCCCUUUGAGUUUUGGGACAAGGAGUAGAGAGCUUUUUGGUUGCAAAAAUGUAAUGUUAGUUUCAGGUUUCUAGUGUAGAACAAACAGCAGGAACAAUCUUGUCCUCAGUGUAUUUUGUUUGUAUUUGUGCCAAUUUGUUUAUGUUACGUCCCUGCCCCUGGAUCAUGUUGUUUGUAUUUAUUUGUGCUAUUCUGUUCGAUCA